AUGGUGGCUGAUUCCAAAGGCAAAUCCGAUAUCUCCUUCGCCGGAAUUUUUGCUAGCAGUGCUUUUGCGGCUUGUUUUGCUGAGAUAUGCACAAUUCCGUUGGAUACUGCAAAAGUUAGGCUGCAGUUACAAAAGUCGGCUGUUGCAGGAGAUGGAGCGGCCUUGCCAAAAUACAGGGGUAUGUUGGGAACGGUUGCUACCAUUGCUAGGGAAGAAGGUAUGUCAGCGCUUUGGAAAGGAAUUGUACCUGGAUUGCAUCGGCAAUGUUUGUAUGGAGGGUUAAGAAUUGGGUUAUAUGAGCCGGUUAAGAACCUUUAUGUCGGCAGUGACUUUGUUGGAGAUGUUCCUUUGACCAAGAAGAUUCUUGCUGCACUUACUACUGGUGCUAUUGGAAUCACUGUGGCAAAUCCAACUGAUCUUGUGAAAGUUAGACUUCAGGCUGAAGGGAAAUUACCACCUGGUGUUCCAAGGCGCUAUUCUGGAGCUUUGAGUGCAUACUCGACAAUUGUGAGACAGGAAGGAGUUCGGGCACUCUGGACUGGGAUUGGACCCAAUAUAGCAAGAAAUGCUAUUAUAAAUGCUGCUGAACUGGCCAGCUAUGAUCAAGUGAAGCAGACAAUUUUGAAAAUUCCUGGAUUCACAGAUAAUGUUGUCACUCAUCUUUUGUCUGGUCUCGGGGCGGGAUUUUUCGCUGUUUGUAUCGGUUCCCCAGUUGAUGUGGUUAAGUCAAGAAUGAUGGGGGAUUCUGCAUACAAAAGCACACUUGACUGUUUCAUCAAGACUUUGAAGAAUGAUGGACCACUUGCUUUCUAUAAGGGAUUUAUUCCAAAUUUUGGAAGGCUAGGAUCUUGGAAUGUGAUAAUGUUUCUAACUUUAGAACAGGCUAAGAAAUUUGUCAAAAGCUUAGAAUCAUCUUGA